AUGGCGGACGACCCCAUCGAUCUCACGGGCUUUGUGCUCACGAUCAUUUCAUUCGCGACGAGCUUAAGCGUUGUGUGGCACUUCGCCGUGGCACCACGUCUCCCCCCCGGACGCUUGAAGGCAAUCGAUGAUAGUCUCAAGGAGGCCGAAACGUAUAUGAAGCAACUCAGGAACAGCGGGCGCACUGUCGAGAACGCCGCCGGUGUGGACAAGCUACUUACUGAGUUCAGGGAGUCGCGGCUCGAUGGGCUCUCGGUGGAUGUCACUCACACGUGGCGGGAGUUGGGAUGGAGGCGGUUCCUGCAUCCUCGACCCAGUGGACUCAUCCGCGACUGCAACGAGCUCUUCGACGACGUCGACGGCAUGCUGGAGAAACUCCGUGUGCAGCGUCUGUUUCAGGUGUCGUCCGUCGGCCACGACUUACGCUCAGCUCCUGGGAGCGCCGGAACGCCUGUCAGGCCCCGCACUCCUCUGCCAACCUCAGAGUCACGGGACGGUCCCCCAUUUAUCUCCAAUGAAUGGCAGCAGCCGUCCACGCCCACCUAUCAACGUGUAUUGCACGAGCCGUAUAUGCCGGCGCCGUCCAUGCAGUGCAUGCAGUUCUUAGAGCUCUAA